AAGAAAAGCCACAUAUGUAGCAAUUACCCCAGUCGAAUACAUUUUACAAACAUUUUUUUACCUGAUAUGUAUAAUUGAGAGGGGGUGGGGGGACUAACUGGUGUGUGUGUGUGGUAGGCAAUGGAUUUCAAGCCCGACUUAGUGUUCAUGCCGCCUGGUAUGAAGCAUUUACGGCUGCAGUGCACGGCUCAGGCAACAAAGCUGGCCCAAGCAUACAGAGCGAAACCCGCAGCUACCACCUGCAAGAGCGCUUCCGUGGUGAAGGAGGAGGCCGUGGCCCGCGUUGUUCAAGGCGGCGGAGACCCCGAGUGCUGGCAACUGGUGCUCAGCGAGACGACGCUCCAGUUUGGCCAGUACCGGGGCCAAACAUUCAAAUGGCUCCUUGAGAACGAUGUGGGCUACUGUGCCAUGGUCGUGGCUUCCCACCAGAAGGAGCGCGAAAACGGCGACACGUCGCAGUCACCCCUGGCCGUGAAUAAAGAUUCCCUGGCAUCGUACACACACACGUCUUCCCGAAGAUGGCCGCUGUCGUGCAGCAUCGGCUGAUGGUCAUGGGAGCACCGUUGGUCAGGGAGCUGGAUGAGCAACUACUGACAAUGGGACAGUUCCCCAACGAAACCUACCGUUCUCUCUACGAGUCAACUGAUGAGCGGCAUCGAGCGUAUGUUUGUCGUAUACGCGCAGGGAAAGCUGGUAUGGCGGGCUCCUUCUUCCACACCCUGAACUCCUACAUCGUUGGGAGAGACAAUGAGGCAAAUUACAAAAGGUCUCGUCCAGCCACAAGUGAGCGGCCGUCUGCACCGUCUGAGCCAUCGGACUACGUCCUCUUUGCAGCUGCCAUAGAGGUGGAGUCUCAGCAGCCGUCGUCGUCCCAGGCUUCCACUUCGUCUGCCGUCACAGCGCCCUUCCCUGCAACUCGCCCUCCCCCCGUGGUCUGGACCCGUGGCGACACGCUGCCACAGCUGCCGGCGCCAAAGCAGCAGAGCGUGCUCCCAAAGGGCUGGCUCGGCACACUACCCGAGAGCGAGCACGCGUGGGUAGGCCGAGCGCUGUUCGAGAGAACGGCCGGUGGUAGAGCGGUCCUCACCACCAACCUCAAGCUGUGGUGGGAGCCCCCGAGCCCGCCCGCCUAUUUAACGCAGCCCCCCGCUUCAAACAGGCAGUUCUUCCACUCGAAGUUCUUCUUGUGGGCGGCGUACAAGAUGUGGGGGGUGAAACUGGCCUGCCCCGGUUCCGGUUGCGGCCAUGACCGCCUGACCGGGGGGGGGGGGGUGCUGUACAGGACCGUUCGCCGGGUGCUGGAUCUGAGGGGAUGGUACUUCAUGGGCACAGAGAGCCUCGAGUGCCUCAAGUGCAACAGGAAGUUCUCGGCCUGGGAAGAGAGCAUCCGGAAGCAACUGCACAUCUCCAAGCAGUUGCUUUUCCCGGCAAUCCUGACUUACCAACUGGCUUGCGACAAAGCGGUCAUCUCUCUGAUGAGGACGCGCUCGCUGGGCAACAGUGCCACCCUGUUGCGCCGUGUGCUGAUGGAGAUCCACAGUGAGGAGUGGAUGGCCAGGUGCACCAGCUACCUGUCCAUCCUCACGCAGCUGGGUGUCCCGGUCAGCGGGCGGGACGAAAUCCCGCCCAUGCGCCCGCUCCCCCUCGUGCCCUGGUUCCUCGCGGCCUACGUGAGGGACGUGAUCCCCCGCCUGGAGGACAACAAGGGCCGUCUCUCCUCCAUCUUUGGAAACAUCCUGAUGAUGGACUCCACCAAGAAGUUGACCAAGAAGCUGGCAGGGGAAUCCGCCGGGACGGCCGCCUGGGUGACCAACGUGGGCAAUGAGUACGGGCAGGUGCUCAUGUCCGUGCUCACGGCCGCGGAGGGAGAGGGCCUUUCGGCCAUGGCGGACGGACUGGUCCGGCGGUACGGGGACGCGGGAAAGCCAACCCCGGAGGUGUUGUACAUCGACCGUGACUGUUGCUCCAUCGCCGGGAAGAGCAUAGUAGGCGGUUUUAUUCGAUUUUAUUCCAUUGAUUUUAUUUUGCUUGACCACUUUUGGGAUGCCAAGGACACGAUGGGCAACCCUCUCAUCAACCGGGAGCGUAUGACAGAGAUCUGGAGGACGCAGCGUCGCCACAUGCGCUGCAUCCAGGACCCGCCGGGUGUGGCCCUCUACACCAAAACCGGGGAGGUCACGAAAGGCGGGGUCACGCUCCCGGUGUUCCGCUGCGCGCGGGGGUCCUCCUCCCUGGAGUCCUUCCACCUCCAUCAGUGCCGAUUCAUUCCGGGCACAUCGGCCAACGCCCUCCACUUUCAAGUGUACCUGCUGGAGGGCUUGAUCCAGUGGAACGAGGACAGGGGCAGGACGGCCGUGGUGGGCGGCGGCAGGGAGCUCAUCGGGGUGGAGUACCUGCUAGCGCAGACCGGCGCCGUGCUCCAAUCCUGCCCGAGAGGGGACGGGGAAGACGCGGGCGACUGGCAAGACCAUGUGACGGACGGGCAGGCAAACGAGCAGGAGGAAGAGGAGGAGGAGGAGGAGGAAGACGAGGGGCUGGAAUUCCACUGCCUGUUGGCCAUGUCGGCACUGACUGAGGUUCUCCUAGGAGAUGAGCCGGGGCAGGAGCGGGGGGCGCAAGAGGAGAAGGAGGAGGAGGAUGUCGUGGGACCGGACGGCCAUGGGGGCUACCAGCACGUCUGCCGGCUGGCUGACGCGCUGGUGCAGCUGCGCGGCAACGCGUUCGUGAGACCGUCUCAGGUGUCGCGGAUAAAAGACCUGUGGGAGAAGCUGCCCGACCACGACAAGGCUCCUCCGCCAGCCCUUCCGCCGCGCGGUAAGCCGCUGGUCCAGGGCCACUUCAAGGCCUCCAAGGGUCGCCAUGUGCCGAGCAUGGAGGCUACCAAACGUCUCUUUAUCGGGAAGGGGAAUGAAGUGGCACGCUCUCCGGGUGCCAGCAGGCUGGUGGAGGCCAUCUUCUCGGACCUGUCCAACAUCCACAGCCAGGGCCACAGCCUCGCCGGUGUGCGCAUCAGUCGCUGGGGCCUGGUCAUGCGUGACUACGGCCGAAUCAGAGACCUGUGCAGGACCAGACAGCUCCUGGCCGCAGCCCCCAUCCACCUUUUUGCGGCACAACCAGAGAAGCAAGCACGACAGCGUGCAAGCAAUGUGUGUGGUGAUCCCAGCCCCCAACAGCAAAGCGACGACUGCGGACGCGCUGGCUGA